CCAAGAUCUUAUCUCCCAACACCUACUACGUAGUCCAAGCAAAUAGAUCGUACCACCCAGCUGCGCCAACAUCUCACCACCACCACCCAGAUCAUGUUACCUUCCACUAAACCACUAAAGUCACGAACUAUACACCGGGAUCAUGCCACCACCCCAACCACAACCACAACCACCACGCCGAAUUCAUCCUUCGAAGUGAAAAAUUCUACAAAUCCAGCAUAUCUCAUUGGUCAUCCACAUCAACUAUAUUCCCUCGCUCGGAUCAUCCGAGUCCCAUGCACACACACGUGAUGCCUCUACCCCGGAUACACUCACCCCGACGAUGGAUGGAAAAGAGGGUGAGGUGAUUCGGAUGAAGAGAUGCCAGAAACUUGAGACUGAGUAUGGUGCGAUGAUUGUUCUUUGUUGGAACGGGAAUUGGGAUUCCGAUUGAUGCCGUAUACUAUUGAUUUACUAGUAUUGUUGUUGGAUGUGCUGGUAGGUGUGUAGUAUAUAUAGUAAGUAGAUAGAUGCAGAUUAUGAUGGUACUAUUCUGAAUCACCUCAAACAAUACUAUUCGCAUCGUUAAUAAAGAUAUCAAGAAACCAGAAUAAUCAUUACUACUACUCUCUAUAAGGAUAUAUAUAUACUUUACAUCUCACACAUCAUGAAAUCUACUACGACUUCCUCCGCCCGUCUCCAGAACGACUUUGGAGCUGAUCUGUGGGUGAAGAAUCCUCCUAAGCAUCAUCCCACAGCAGGCCGUGGCCUCUUCGCCGGCCUUCAAGACACUAAGAACUAUAAUGUCGAGUCAGGCUGGGCGAAGCGCAGCAAUGUGGAGAGUCAGGGGUUUUUGGGGAGUUUGUUGAGUCGGUUCAUUGGGGGAUCGUAUAAGCCUCCUACUGAUUAGAUGCAUUGACUGACGGUUAUGGGGAGUGUUUGACGGAUUUAUGAUGUAUCUAUGGUUUUUGUUUGGUGUUUGGGAUUCGUUAUAGCAUUAGAUUAUAGUCAUCGUGAAACAGUGUUCUUUUGAA